GAAAGCAACCUUAAACCAAACCGUAUUGAAGUUCUCAGCACCUGUGUCUCUCCCACUAGAGCUGACUGAGUCCGAGUCUAAGAGGUGACUGAGUCUGAGUCUACUUAUGUUAUAAUUGUAUGCCUUGCUUUCUUUCUCAAUUCAUAACCCUAGAUGCAUUAUUAUGAGCAGUAUUUGCAUAAGCAUAUACAUGGGUACAUGAGAUAAUUUAAUAGACAUAAUAGGCCAUGAGUGACUGAUUCAAAGAUUUGAAAAGAGAGAGAGAGAGAGAGAGAGAGAGAGAGAAGUUAACAGCAUGCUUAUAUCAUGAAAUGUCUUCUCCAAGGGAAGUAAGUUACUUCUCCAGAAACAACCUAGAUAGUAGACAUACUAGGAAGGCCGCAGCAGGAACAGCAACUCUAGCUGGAUGUCGGUCCGAUCUUUUCUUUCUCUCUUGUUUUGCUUUGAAUCUUCAUGUGAGUUAAGAUUAUUCGAUUAGAUGAUGUAUUCAUACACCCUCUUGUAUCAGAAGAUAUAAAACAAGCAUCAGUUGAAUCAUAGGGUGUGUGCAAUUACUAGUACUAAUUAUAGAAUAAUUUUGCUAUCCUAGUCCAGGAAUUAGACAAUUGUUGGUAAGUACCAGGGGCUGGAGUUUCUUCUUGACAUACUAGAAAGAUGUAAGCAUGAAAAAGUAAACUCAUUUACGUUUUAGUAGAGAGACUAUGCAAGACGAAAGGUCAGCCAGAGAACUUACUGCUAGGUCAACACAAAUACUGAAAGGCAUGCAGUUUCAGCAAAAUUCCUAGCUAAAUUGCCUCACCAGAAUCUAACACUCAGUCUUGCUCUUCUCAGGAAAAACACAGUCCCCAGAGUCCUAUAGAUGAUCAAUCAAAUCAAGAUAACUGGAACAAAGAGCAGGUAUGCAAGUCCUUAUUUAGAAGCUCUGGUGGGAACUCUAGUCAGAUUCACAACAACGUUUUAUGAACCUGACAUGCUGUCUCUAGCAAGAAACCAUAAUUUCACAAUGGUAUUCACCGAAUUGCUCAUGAAAUCAUCAAGUGAUGAAGUUCAGAGAGUAUCUGCAAUUGGCUUGAAAAAUCUCUCAUCAGAAUUAAUAAGUUUAUGAAGACCAAGCAAAUCCUGGAUGCAAGUUCUCGUUUUCUGGUUCUUCAACAAAGAGAAAAGUAUUAACCUGUCCAGUUCACGGUGGGGCCUAUUCCUCCCAAAAUACAUUCUGUUUGGUUGAUCCCAAGGCGGUGGAGAGGUUGUUGAGGCUGCAUUGUCAGCAAUAUGCACUUUGUUGGACGACAAGGUUGAUGUGGACAACUGUGUUAGCAUGUUGAGCCAAGCGAAUGCACUACAGCAUGUUCUGAAUGUGGUGAAAGAGAAUAGAGAAGAAGGUUUGUGGCAUAAAUCCAUUUGGUUUGUUGAGAAAUUCUUGAUGACAGGGGAUGAUAAGUCUGCUUCAAAUAUAUCGCAGGAUAGGCUGUUGCCUGCCAAUUUAAUUAGUGCUUUUCAUCAUGGAAAUGGUAGUACAAGGCAGAUGGCUGAGAAGAUCUUGAGGUUUUUCAACAAGCUGCCCAGUUAUCUUACUUCCAGCCAUACCAUGUAGAAUGCAACAGAAUGUACCGCUGCUGCUGCUUUCAGGUUCAGCCAAAUUCUGAGCUCAUUACGAUAAGAAUGUCCAACAAAAUUUAGUGUAUCUGGUACGUUAUACUUGAGGAGUUUCCAGAAUCACAUUUGUGUAGCCAAUUCCAAUCUUCCUAUAACUGAUGGAGAGUUGGAUCCAUUUUGUCUGUCACCGAAGAGGGAAAUAUCAAGGCAGCAAGUUCAGGCAUGCAAAAGAAGUUGCGGGGAGGUGCGAGUCUCCAGGCUGGGGAAGGCACAUACAAGACAGAGGGUUAAGCCAAUCCGUGUUUCGUCAUCAUCACUGCACAUUAAUUACACAUUUUGUGUAUUUAUACUCGAGGAAAAUGGCCUCUUUUUCAAUAGAGGAGUUUGUAGGGAAUGGAGCCCUAAAAAAGCUGCUCCCGAAGUUAGUAGAAGAUGGUUGGGAUGAUGUACCAACCUUGAAGAUUAUGAAUUCAGAGGAUAUGGAGGCAAUGAACAUGACACUGCGGCAAAAGGAUGCACUAGAAAUAAGAUCAUACCUGCAUGAUCGUGCGCUUAUGCAGUAUGGAGAUAAGCUAGAGGAAUCUGGGAAAUCUUUGCCUGAGCUUUUGAGCUUAAGCAAUGGAGACCUCUCAUCCCAGUUUGGAAUGAAGAGAGGUCAUGUCGCCCGUUUCACAGACAGAACCAUUGCAUGUUCAGAGGCAUUGCCCAAAUCAUAUGCACUCCCGCCAAGGAAAAUGACCAGCGCAGCAUCUGGAAAUGAAAGCACCUUCAAGAGUUUCAAGUCCAUUAACUCAAAAUAUAUGCAGAGCACAUCAAAAUAUCCUAGUAAUCAUAGUAUAAAUUAUGAUAAAGCGCUUGAGCAGUCGCUAGCUGAAUUUAAGAUUAACGAUGGACACAUCUUUAAAGGGAUUGUUGCAGCUGGGCCAGCUGAACCUAGAGCCUGUGGUUGUGUACAGCCUCCUCCAGUAGUCGACGAAGUUGCCCCUUAUUCUUUCAUUGAGAAUAUAUCAAUUGAGAAACUUACUCCUGAGUACAAGGUUGGAAUGGAGCGUCUGGUCAAAACCAGGGCACCCCCAAUGAAGGCCUCAGAGCUGUGGCGAGAUAAACCUGCAGUUCUACUCUGCAUCAGACGCCCUGGGUGCAUCAUGUGCAGAGCUGAAGCUCAUCAACUGUAUGCCAAAAAACCCAUCUUUGAUGCACUAGGAGUUCAACUUAUUGCAAUUCUACAUGAACAUAUAGAGUCAGAGGUUCAGGACUUCUGGCCCCGAUACUGGGGUGGAAUUGUACUUUAUGAUCGGGAUAUGGAAUUCUUCAAAGCUCUCGGUGGUGGGCAAUUGCUAAAGGACAAGUUCAUAUCAGGAUUCCUUUUCAACCCAAGAGCUAUUGCAAAUUACAAGCGUGCAAAAGCUUUGCGUGUAAAGAACAACUUCAAAGGGGAAGGAGAAAUUAAAGGUGGACUUUUUAUAGUUGGCAGAGGAAAGAGUGGUGUUGCUUACCAGUUCAUAGAAAGGAAUUUUGGUGAUUGGGCUCCUGUAGCAGAAGUAAUUGAGAUCUGUACUAAGUUGCAGGUAAUUCUUGUCAGCUUCAUACUAAGGUACUAUCCGGUACGAAUUCUCUUUGAACAACUUUUCUUCAAUCUGAUGCAGAACCUGCAGCAACGUAAAGAGGAGUCCAUCAAGAUAUCACAGGAAUAAAAGAAGUUUGUCCUGAUUAUCCAUGUCAUCUUCAGAUAACUUUUCAUAUUUUUUCGUUCUUUGAAUUUAAGGCCAAAAAAUGCUCCUAUUAUUUUGUGAUCUUUUGCUUGUUGAUAGGUAAAUCAUUCUCUCCAGUUUUUCGAUGCAA